UAUUUCAUCAACACGACACAGGUGAUCGAGAAAGUACAACUAGCAACUAGUCACUCGGCCUAAUUCUUGAUCGUUUAAAUUAGAAUUUGUUGCACAAUUCAUUUAUAAACAUGGGGAAGAACAGGAAAAAGGGGCCUCAAUUGUCACACGCUGAGAUGAUGGUGAUGACUGUUUCUGACAUUGUCAAUCAACUCAUUGUGGCCCAUGAACAAGGAGCAGAUGUGAAUCUGAACAGAUUAAAGAGUUUAACAGCACAGAAGUAUGGUUUGUCAUCCCAACCGAGACUUGUGGAUAUUAUAGCAGCUGUACCUACCACUCACAAAAAGGCUCUACUCCCAAAGUUGAGAGCAAAACCGAUCCGCACAGCCAGUGGUAUUGCUGUUGUAGCAGUAAUGUGUAAACCACACAGAUGUCCACACAUCAAUAUGACAGGAAAUAUCUGUGUCUACUGCCCUGGCGGACCAGACUCAGACUUUGAGUAUUCAACUCAAUCCUACACUGGGUAUGAGCCUACAUCCAUGCGAGCAAUAAGAGCAAGGUACAACCCUUAUCUACAAACAAGACACAGAGUCGAUCAGUUGAAGGCUCUUGGACACAAUGUAGACAAGGUGGAGUUUAUUGUGAUGGGCGGUACCUUCAUGGCUCUAUCUGAGGAGUAUCGUGAUUACUUUAUACGCAAUCUGCAUGACGCCCUCUCUGGCCAUACGAGUGAUAGUGUUGCCGAAGCAGUCAAGUACUCGGAAAGGAGUUUAACUAAAUGCAUUGGAAUCACCAUAGAAACAAGACCGGACUACUGCCUGAAAAGACACAUAAGCGAUAUGUUAAACUAUGGUUGUACUCGUCUUGAGAUUGGUGUUCAGAGUGUCUAUGAAGAUGUAGCAAGGGACACAAAUCGUGGUCACACAGUGCAGGCAGUUUGUGAAUCAUUCAAUUGGUGCAAAGACGCUGGGUUCAAAGUGGUGACACACAUGAUGCCUGACCUCCCCAAUGUGGACAUGGAAAGAGACAUCGAGCAAUUUAUUGAAUACUUUGAAAAUCCAGCCUUUAGACCAGAUGGUCUAAAAAUCUACCCAACACUUGUGAUUCGAGGAACAGGUCUUUAUGAACUGUGGAAGACAGGACGCUACAAGAGCUACCCACCGGGCAUGCUCAUUGACCUUGUUGCUAGGAUACUGGCCUUGGUGCCACCAUGGACAAGGGUUUACAGAGUUCAAAGAGAUAUCCCGAUGCCCUUGGUCAGUUCUGGUGUUGAGCACGGUAAUCUUCGCGAGUUAGCGCUUGCUCGCAUGAAAGAUCUUGGUACGCAGUGUCGUGAUGUGAGAACCAGGGAGGUUGGAAUACAAGAGAUACACCAUAAAGUCAAACCCUAUGAAGUCGAGCUGAUUAGGAGGGACUACUUUGCAAGUGGCGGUUGGGAGACGUUUCUUUCUUACGAGGACCCAGAACAAGACAUUUUGAUAGGGCUGUUGAGACUCCGCAAAUGUUCUGACUCAACCUUCAGACCAGAGAUGAAAGGGGGCGUUUCUGUUGUGCGAGAACUUCACGUCUACGGAAGUGUGGUUCCAGUGAGCUCAAGAGAUCCUAGCAAGUUUCAACACCAGGGUUUUGGAACAUUGCUCAUGGAGGAGGCAGAGCGAGUUGCUUUGGAGGAGCAUGGUGCAUCUAAGAUAGCAGUUAUCUCAGGGGUUGGAACAAGGAAUUACUAUCGGAAACUUGGCUAUGAACUGGAUGGUCCUUACAUGUCUAAGAUGUUGGUAGACAAGAGAGAACCCUGAUGAUGAGAAUACCAAAAGCUUCUUGAAACAGAAAAUGUUUUAUUUCAAAAUACACUCGUACGUAAUUAUUGAUGGAAGUUAUUGCCAAGACUGGUGAGAAUGGAGGCAAUAGUCACAAUAAAAAACUACCUUGAUUGAACACUUGGGUCAAAUUUAUUGAACGGGUGGGGUAUUAAUAGAUGUUAAAUUUGCAUCGGGGAUAAAGAAUAUUAAUUUUGGUUUUUACCCAUACACCGAUGUGUGUU